AUGGCUUUGAGGAAAUGGAUCUGCGUUUUGGCUCUGGCAAGCCUUUUAUCUACAGAAUCACAUGCUCAGCUUGAUGUAUGUGGCAUUGCUCCGCUGAACUCCAGGAUAGUUGGAGGUGAAGAUGCUCCACCUGGAAGUUGGCCCUGGCAGGCUAGUCUGCAGAGAUUUGGCAGACAUUUUUGUGGUGGUUCCCUCAUCAACAAAGAAUGGGUGAUGUCUGCUGCUCACUGCUUCUCCAGUACCAGUACGUCUGGAUGGCAGGUUUCUCUCGGUCGUCAGAACCUGCAGGGCAAAAACCCAAACGAAGUGUCCAGAACUGUUGCCAGAAUCAUUUUGCAUCCAAACUAUGACAGCGACACCAACAACAACGACAUCGCUCUGCUCAGACUCUCCUCACCAGUCGAAUUCACAGACUACAUCAGACCUGUGUGUCUGGCAGCCAGUAGCAGUGUGUUCAACAACGGUACUGAUAGCUGGGUCACUGGCUGGGGAGCAGUCAAGGAGGGAGUUUCAUUACCCUUCCCUGAAACUCUACAAGAAGUGGAGGUGCCAGUUCUGGGAAACAGACAGUGUAACUGUCUCAAUGGAGUCGGCACAGUCACAGACAACAUGAUCUGUGCUGGUGUUCUGGCAGGAGGCAAAGACUCAUGUCAGGGUGACUCAGGAGGUCCAAUGGUGAACCAGCAGGGCUCUGUCUGGGUCCAGUCUGGAAUUGUUAGUUUUGGUUUUGGCUGUGCUCGGCCCAAUCUGCCGGGAGUCUACACCAGAGUGUCCAAUUACCAGUCCUGGAUCAACUCCCACAUCACAUGUAGUAAGCCAGGCUUUGUCCAGUUCAGCUCUAGUGGGCUGGAUGCUGACAGCAGCUAUACCUGUCCUGGCCUGCCACCUCCCUCCAUCACACAGCCUCCACCAUGCGUAUGCUCCUCUACAACCAUGACACCUGAAACACCAGUCAUAAGUGCAGAGGUGUGCGGCACCACUCCGCUUCACAACAGGAUAGUUGGAGGUGAGGAUGCUGAAGCUGGAAGUUGGCCCUGGCAGGCUAGUCUCCACUGGUUUGGCGGCCAUGUUUGUGGUGGUUCCCUUAUUAACAGGGAGUGGGUGAUGUCUGCUGCUCACUGCUUCUCAAGAUUAAGCACCAAUGGUUGGAGGAUUUUCUUGGGUCGCCAGAACCAGGAAGGAAGUAACCCUAACGAGGAGGUCCGAACAGUGUCCUUAAUAGUUCGUCAUCCAGACUAUGACAGCAACACCAACAACAAUGACAUCGCUCUGCUCAAACUCUCCUCACCAGUCAAAUUCACAGACUACAUCAGACCUGUGUGUCUGGCAGCCAGUAGCAGUGUGUUCAACAACGGUACUGAUAGCUGGGUCACUGGCUGGGGAGCAGUCAAGGAGGGAGUGUCCCUACCCUCCCCCCAAACUCUACAAGAGGUGGAGGUGCCAGUUCUGGGAAACAGACAGUGUAACUGUCUCAAUGGAGUCGGCACAGUCACAGACAACAUGAUCUGUGCUGGUGUUCUGGCAGGAGGCAAAGACUCUUGUCAGGGUGACUCAGGAGGUCCAAUGGUGAACCAGCAGGGCUCUGUCUGGGUCCAGUCUGGAAUCGUUAGUUUUGGUUUUGGCUGUGCUCGGCCCAAUCUGCCAGGAGUCUACUCCAGAGUGUCCAGUUACCAGUCCUGGAUCAACUCCCACAUCAAAUCUGAUAAGCCAGGCUUUGUCCAGUUCAGCUCCAGUGGGUUGGAUGCUGACAGCAGCUAUACCUGUCCUGGCCUGCCACCUCCUGUCAUCACUAUUACUACUACUGAUGCUACUAGUACAGCAGGACCAGAUCUAACAACCACAGAACCAGUGCCUAAAACCACAGCACCAGCUAUAGUUGCUUCAAGUGCGGAAGGUUAG